CGCCCUCAAUCUCUCCGAUUGGUUGGGUUCUCUCUUUGGGUUCGUCUUCUCCAAGUCUCUGCGAAAAUGGCGGCUUCGGUUCAACCUGCAUGCUUGGACCUCCGCUUCGCCGGCAAGCAUCCACCGCUUCUUAAACACAACGCUAUCUUCGUCCGUUGCGUUUCUUCUCCAAAUUUUCCCGAACCUGACUCCCUCACUGACCCGCCUGACAUCAAUAUCAGCAAGGACCAGCGCAAAGUAGUUCGUAUCGCGUGGGAGAAGCUGGUUCGAUGGUCUCGUUCUUGGCGCGCCAAAGCCAAAACCGAUGUGCUUGAGCGCACUCGCAAGGUAGUUGUUCUCGGUGGAGGUUCUUUUGGUACGGCAAUGGCUGCACAUGUAGCUAGUAGGAAAGAAGGAUUGGAGGUUAACAUGCUUGUGCGUGACUCUUUUGUUUGCCAAUCUAUCAACGAGAACCACCAUAAUUGUAAGUACUUCCCUGAGCAUAAGCUACCUGAGAAUGUGAUUGCCACAACUGAUGCGAAAGCUGCAUUGCUUGAUGCUGAUUACUGCCUCCAUGCCGUACCUGUGCAGUUCAGCUCAUCGUUUCUAGAGGGAAUUUCCGGUUAUGUCGAUCCAGGAUUGCCUUUUAUAUCUCUAAGCAAAGGUCUGGAGCUUAAUACUCUUAGGAUGAUGUCUCAGAUAAUCCCCACUGCUCUAAAGAAUCCUCGGCAACCUUUCGUUGCACUUUCUGGCCCGUCAUUUGCUCUGGAGUUGAUGAACAACUUACCUACUGCAAUGGUGGUCGCCUCGAAAGAUAAGAAAUUGGCCAAUUCUGUUCAGCAGCUUCUUGCUUCUAGUUACUUGAGAAUAAACACUUCCAGUGAUGUUACAGGCGUCGAAAUUGCCGGUGCCCUGAAGAAUGUUCUGGCAAUAGCAGCAGGAAUUGUUGAUGGCAUGAAACUCGGUAACAACUCUAUGGCAGCUCUUGUAUCUCAAGGUUGUUCAGAGAUAAGAUGGUUAGCCACAAAGAUGGGUGCAAAGCCAACAACCAUAACGGGUUUAUCAGGAACUGGGGACAUAAUGCUCACGUGUUUCGUGAAUCUUUCAAGAAACCGAACAGUUGGAGUCCGGUUAGGGUCAGGGGAGACACUAGAUGACAUACUAAGCUCCAUGAAUCAGGUUGCAGAAGGUGUAGCUACGGCCGGGGCAGUUAUAGCAUUAGCACAGAAAUACAAUGUGAAGCUGCCGGUUUUGACUGCCGUGGCUAAGAUAAUUGAUAACGAACUGACCCCAACUAAAGCUGUUCUCGAGCUCAUGAACCUUCCUCAGGUUGAGGAAGUAUGAGAUGGUACAAUCGUUUCGAAGAUGAUAUAUUCACAGAGGUGGCUUUAAGACGGCGAGAUCUUUGCAUCUGUUUAGAAAUAGCUAAUGAGUUUUGUAAUCGAUUUUAGCAUGAAUGUGAAUUGUUUAUAAACAUUUUAGAAAAUCUGUGUAAAUUUUUCUCAUACCUAUAAAAAUGAUGUUUUCAGUUUCUUGUAAAGUGCAUGAUCUUUGAAUUUGAAUGAAAAGUAUUUUGUUUUCAAAA